AUGUGUCUUAUUCUGGCUUUGCAAACGGCCGGAUUUUCGGUGUCUAGUCAACUCCCGCCAAACAUAAUCUUCAUCCUGGCAGAUGAUCUGGGCUGGGCAGACGUCAGCUUUCGCGGAGAUCCGCAGAUACCGACUCCGAACCUGGACGUCCUCGCCUCCCAGGGCAUCAUCCUCAACAACUACUACGUGCUGCACCUCUGCACUCCCUCCAGAGGGGCUCUGAUGUCGGGUCUAUACCCCAUUCACACAGGUUUACAACAUUCCGUCCAAAACCCGGGGCAGCCGUGGGGGUUGCCGAUAAACUUAACCAUCAUGCCUGAGUACCUGAAAAGCCUAGGAUAUGCCACUCACAUGAUCGGAAAGUGGAAUUUGGGUUACUACAAAGAAAGCUACACGCCGACCCGAAGAGGUUUCGAUUCGUUUUACGGCUACCUCAACGGUGGAGAAGACUACUAUGACCACAAAAUAUUCUUUGCAGCUGAUUGGGCCAACGCAACCGGUCUGGACUUUUGGGAUGGCAUGACCCCAGUGAGAAAUGAGGGGCACCAUUAUUCGACCGAUUUAUUCACCGAAAAAGCCCUGUCCCUUAUCAAGGAUCACGAUCAAGCAAAGCCAAUGUUCCUGUACUUCAGUCAUCAGGCAGUCCACUGCGGAGACUACAAGGUGAAACUGGAGGCACCUGCUUCGGCUGUCGCACAUUUUCCCUACAUUAAGAGCCAGAACAGAUCAAUACAUGCAGGCGCAGUGUACGAGCUGGAUAAAUCCGUUGGGCUGGUGGUGGAGGCGCUGAACAAGCGGGGCAUGCUGAGUAACAGCAUUGUGGUCUUCAGCACGGAUAACGGAGGUCUUCCGUGGGGCAUAGACCCCAACAGUGGCUACAACUGGCCUCUCAGGGGCGCCAAGGCCACCCUCUGGGAAGGGGGCGUCAGAGGAGCCGCCUUCGUUUGGAGUCCUCUGCUGUUCAAGUCUGGACGUCUCUCGAACCAGUUGAUGCACAUCACCGACUGGUUGCCAACUCUCUAUUCAGCAGCCGGAGGAAACCUGUCAGCGCUUGGCAACACCGACGGCAAGGACAUGUGGGAGGCCCUAUCUCAAGACCUGGAAUCCCCUCGGCAUGAGAUCCUCAUCAACAUUGACCCGACGGGCAACAACUCGGCGCUCAUUGUCGGGCGGCGUAAGGUAGUUCUGGGAACGUUCCAAGGAGGACAGCACGACCUACGCAUGAAGGCCCCUGGAGGCUCUCGUCCCGUGGAUGGUCUAGACAAAAUGAUGCUAUCGUCUAGAACCGGAAAAGUGCUGAAAGAUUUCUACAACGUACGCCAGCUCAGGGUUAGGCCUAACUGGCGCAAUGAGACUGUCGUGAGGUGCGACCAGUACGCCCCCCGGGACAACUUCGUAGCUGCUAGUCCUCCGUACUACUUUGACCUAGAACAUGAUCCCUGCGAGCUGAACAACUUGGCUGCUUCCAACGUGACGGAUCUUAAGGAGCUCAUCAAGAAGAUUGAGGAGUACGGCAAGGGCAUGGUGCCGCCUGGAAACAAACCGCUGGAUCCCAAAGGACUGCCACAAAACAACCACGGCUUGUGGGGCCCCUGGCAAUGA